AUGGGCGCCGAUGAGACGGAAGAAUCCCCGACCGGGCUGCAGCAGCUCAUGCUCUUCAGGCAUUGGUCACUUUUCCUGCCUCGGCUUACCUCAGAGCCUGCGAAGCUGAAUGGGGCCUAUACGCUGAUGCGACAGCAGCGCAACCCUGCCUUCUUUGACCAGCUGCGCGAGAAGCUGCAUCAGAUUCUGCAAGACUGCGACAUGCUGCAUGUUUCCGGGCAGGCGUGCUCCGUCGAAGGUGGACUGGAAAAGGUUCUGAACGUGGUGCUGCAGUCUCUCGUUUUUGCGAUGGGAUUUUUGCAGAACCGGCAGUUUCACAAGGCCUUUGUGCUGGGCGAGCUCUGCGUGCAGGUCUCUGACCAGCUCGCCGACGCCGAGAGCACGGUGGACUUGACCUUCUGGCGUCUGUUGUGUCGCGUCUACCUCGGCGGCGCCUAUCUUCAGCUCCGAAGGACCGCCGAUGCCCGGCGGGUUCUGGACGAAGCUCAAGAGCUCGGCGCAGCCGUGGAGGAGACUCGCCAGACACUUCAGUCGAUCUUGGGAGCCUGCAGCUACGCGCUGGCACAGGCAGACUUGGACGAAAGCUCUCCGGAGAAGGCUCUGGAUCACGUUGAUGCAGCGAUCAAGCAGAUGGAAGGCAACAUCUGGGAUGUGUCGCAGAACUUGGAGGACAAAGAAGUGAUCUCCAACGUCUUGGCGACCUUGUACCAUUUUCGCGGCCAUUGCGACUUCCUCUGUGACCGCUUCGACGUGGCACUUUCCUGGUACGACAGUGCGCUGACAGUUCUAGGAGAGCACCGGGACCUGGGUACCGACACGGAUGCCAUGGUGGCCUACGUGAAACACGACAUCCAGCGAGCGAUCUGCCUGAGGCCCAAGGCCGAAACCGUUCUCGAAACCGCUGCAGAGCCCGCGAGUUGA